AUGCCAACAAAUAUAUCUACUCAACAAAAUACCAAACUGCAUCAGGGUAACCCAAAGAAACACCACCAAUUCAGAAUAUCUACUCAACAAAAUACCAAUCAAAAUGAAACAACCAUAAACGAUCCAACACCUUCUCAAGUAUUGGAAUCCGAAACAAAACCAGAACAACCUCAGGAGGUGGAUUUACAACUUCGUGCAGUUGAAAAUCAAUUAGAAGCUAGUAAAUAUAUGAAUGAUAUUAUUUCUGAGAAUGUUUACUAUACGAUCAUCAAUACAGGAUAUGGUAAAGACUGGGCUUUGGAUAGUAAUAAUGGUUUAACAGGUCUUGAUUCCUUAAAAUUGGGAUAUGUAGAUAACAAAGAUGCCACAAACAAAAUAUGGGAGUUUGUGCUUGUUGAAGAUUCUAAACAUCCGAAUAGCCGAAAGUUUAAAAUUAGAAGCAUAUAUGACACAAUUAUAGAUUCCGUUGGCAGCUUCGGUAGCGAAACAUCCUUAUCCAAAGAUGAUUUGAGAUCUAAAAGUGACUGGUUGUGGUCAAUUGAGAGCGUUAAAGGAGGGUAUCAAAUCAAGAGUUACGACAAUAAGCUAUUAUGUGGGUAUUCUAGGGGGUGUUCUGUAGGAUUGGAAGGAUUGAAUGACUCAUUAGAAUACACCACAUGGAAAAUAUGCAAGUCAAACUAUGAACCUUACUCAUCUAAACCAAUUGAUGGUGUUUAUGUCAAACAAAGCGACAACUCAUACUGUGCUCAAGAUAUUUUGCAAACUGGAGUUUGUUACAAAAUUAGAAGCAUUUAUAACACAAUAUUGGUUGAAAAGGGUGGUCUCAUUUGUUUAGAAGAAGACAAUUCUGAAGACAAUAACAUGUGGGAAUUUGUUCCUUGUGCUUUAAAGGGAAAAUAUAGGAUUAGAUUUGUAGGGGAAAACAAAGCUCUUGAGGUUGGGGAAAGGAAUUGUGUAAAAUCAUGCCAAGACGACAGCGAGCACAAAGCGGCGAGGUUAUGGGAGAUAAUUUCAACAAAGGUUGAGGAUAAAUAUGCUAUUAGAAGCUGCAAAGAAAGUCAUUGGCUGGCUGUCGAACACUUGACCCUUACUUUAUCCAAUGAACCCAUCAAAUAUGGUAAUUUGUGGGCUUUUGUUCCAAUUGGUUAUUCUUUGAAGAUGAAGGUGUUUGAGUUUAAAUUUUAUGAAGAUGAUAAAUUUAAAACUCCUAUCAGCAAUGAAUUCUUGGCCAAAAAGACAGCAAAUGAGUUUUUAUCAAUAGAUGUUGUUUCGGUUAAGUCUUCUGAUAUAGGAUCAACCUUUAGUCGUUCAUACACAAAGAGAGUGAGCGAAAGUUACACGUGGAAUAUUAGCUGUUCAUUUGGUUAUAAAGUUUCAGCUGAACUUAAUGCUGAAAUCGUUAAGAGCACGGUUGAGAAAUCGAUAGAUUUGGAAGUUGGGACGUCUUGGACAAACACAACUGAAAAAGAAUAUUCCAAUACUGUUUCAGUUUGUCCAAGCAAAGAAGGUGACUAUCGAAUCUCUAUGUCUGUACAAAUGGUCAACAACAUCAAAAAGUAUUUCAAGGCGAAAGCAAAAGUUGUUGCUGUUAGAAAUGAUGAAAGAUUGAGGUACCCAUUGUUGCGAAAAAUGCUGGAAAAGAGUUCAAACUGUAAAAUACUAGACGAAAAGGGUGAUGAUUAUUUGAUGGUAGAGAUAACAGGAGAUGUAGAAGCAAGUUAUGGUGUUGGAAGUCACAGUGUAAUUGAAAAGAUUGAAGAAAACCAAAAAACAGUGCAGACACAAAAUCAAACACCAGAAAAUAUUGGUAGUUUUUAG